AUGGACGCGUCGAGUUCUCUCCUACUGAUCCUGUUGACCCUCCAUUCUGCCAUGACCGCCGCCGCCGCCGCGGAUCUGCCGGCGGCGCAGCCGACCCACCGGAGGCUACUACUUCAACAGGACACCAAUCUUGCCGCGCCGCCUCUGCCUGCAAAGGUUCAUGCCGUCCCAGUCCCCGCUCAUGUCCCCGCUCAUGGAACCGGCUCUUUUCCGGCGGCGUCUCCCAGUCGGCACGGGGGGGAGAACGAUCCGAGCGAGGCGGCGCCAACGACGCCGGCGGCUUAUUUGUCGAGAUCCAUGAGGUGGCUGUACAUGGUUGUUCUUCCGGCGGUUGCCCUGCUGUUGCUUGCUGGACUAGCGUGCUGGCUUCUGUGUCGUAAGAGUGCAGUUGCGACCAUUGGCCCUUGGAAGACUGGACUCAGUGGCCAGUUGCAGAAAACAUUUGUUACAGGAGUACCAAAGUUGCAGCGGUCAGAGCUGGAACGUGCCUGUGAGGACUUCAUUAACAUUGUGGCGAGUUAUCCACACUACAACGUCUACAAGGGAACUUUAUCAACUGGCGUUGAGAUCGCAGUGGUGUCCACUAUGAUUACAUCAAGUAAGGAGUGGUCAGAGCAUUCAGAGAGCUGCUUCAGGAGAAAGAUAGACACCCUGUCGCGAGUAAACCACAAGAACUUCGUCAAUCUGCUUGGCUUUUGUGAGGAGGAGGAACCUUUCACCAGGAUGAUGGUGCUCGAGUACGCGCCGAAUGGGACACUUUAUGAGAGUCUUCAUGUUGAGGAUUUUGAGCACAUUGCUUGGCGAGGUAGGAUGCGGAUUGUUAUGGGACUAGCCUACUGCAUCCAGCACAUGCAUGAGCUGAACCCUCCUGUGGUGCACCCUGACCUGCAGUCCAGUUCCAUACUGCUAUCUGAAGAUGGUGCUGCAAAGAUCGCGGACAUGAGCGUUUGGCACGAAGUGAUUUCUGAAGCCAAAACGGCGACAAAUGGCGAGCUCGACCAUCACCAAGAACAGGUGUCCGCUGGCCUAGCAGGGAAUGUACAUAGCUUCGGUGUUCUACUGCUUGAAAUCAUCUCAGGGAAGCUUCCAUUUCCAUAUCCCGGACACGAGCGCUCCCUCGUCAGCUCGGCUUUGGAGUGCAUAACCAACGAUGACCGGAGUAUAGCUUCCUUGCUCGAUCCAACACUGGGCGAUCACAGGGAAGAUGAGCUAGCGAUCAUCGGCGAGGUGAUCCGAGCCUGCAUCCAGAGCGACCCGAGGAACAGACCGAGCAUGAGGGAGGUCGCUGCCAGGCUGCGAGAAGCGGUAGGCAUCUCGCCGGUGGCUGCGACGCCGAGGUUGUCUCCGCUCUGGUGGGCCGAGCUGGAGGUCCUUUCCACCGCGGAAGCAAGCUAA